AUGGUCAAGAUAUUUACCUUCUUGGUCUUUGCUCCAUUUGCUGCAUCUCUCCCUUCCACUCCAGCUAUCCAUGCACGCGCAUCUACCUGUACCCCAACGGCAGGCGGGUCCUCAUCGACGGAUGACGUGCCUGCCAUAGCAUCAGCAAUAGCAUCAUGUGGCUCGGGUGGAACGAUCGUGAUUCCAGCAGACACCACCUACUAUGCCAACAGCGUCCUUGACUUCUCAGGCUGUGUUGGAUGCAAGUUCGAGAUUGAAGGCUUGCUGAAAUUCGCCUCGGAUACAGAUUACUGGGAAGGCCGGACGGCGAUGAUGAAUGUCGAAGAUAUCGACGGCAUCACGAUCACCUCUGUAACUGGCAGUGGGGUCAUUGAUGGAAAUGGACAAGACGCAUGGGAUCUUUUUGCGUCGGACAGCAGCUAUGCGCGCCCAACCCUUCUGUACAUAACCGGCGGCUCUGAUAUAACAGUCUCAAACCUUCGACAGAAGAAUCCACCCAACGUCUUCAAUUCCGUGAAAGGUGACAGCAAGAACGUUUGGUUUUCAAACUUGGAGUUAGACGCUACAUCGAAGAGCAGCAACGCUGCGAAAAACACAGACGGGUUCGAUAUUGGUGCCAGUACAUACGUUACGAUCUCGAGCGUCCAAGUCACCAAUGAUGACGACUGUGUCGCAUUCAAGCCUGGCUCAAACUAUGUGACCGUUACUGAUAUUACUUGCACCGGAAGCCAUGGCUUAUCUGUCGGGUCGCUGGGUUCCAGUGGAGAUGAUACCGUGAAGAAUGUAUAUGUGUCAGGAGCGAAAAUGGUGAACUCAACCAAGGCCGCCGGCAUUAAAACAUAUCCAUCCGGUGGAGACCAUGGUACCUCAACGGUAACGAAUGUCACCUGGAAUGACGUGGUUGUUGAUGGAUGCGACUAUGCAAUUCAGAUUCAGAGUUGCUACGGCGAGGAUGCGAGCUACUGUGAAGAGUAUCCAGGAGCUGCAGUUUUGACGGAUGUUAUCUUCCAGGGAUUUAGUGGAACAACGUCGGACGACUAUGAUCCAGUUACGGGCAACCUGAACUGCGGUGCCGAUGGAACUUGCGGAGUGACUGUGGUUGAUUAUACAGUGAAGGCACCCUCUGGGGAGAGUGAGGUACUCUGUGCUAAUACGCCUAGUAACUUGGGGGUUACUUGUACAUCGGGUGCUUCAGGGUAA